CGGAGGGAGCAAAAGCGCACUCCCUUUACGAACCCCAAUCCGCCUUUCAAUCCGAUCGUUUCCUUGGAGGAGAACAGAACACAGUGAGGGAUUCGGAAACCCUAGCAGAUGUUCGUGGAGAGAUCUUUCGAGGCGUGGGAGGAAGUGCAGCGCCACGGCCUCGACCUCGCCGAUCGCCUCGCGCAGGGCUUCAACGGCCUACUCCAGUCCCACAUCGCCCCGCCCACCUUCCCCUGGACCUCACCCCACAAGCUCGAACCUGUCCUUUCUCCUUCCGCCGCUGCCGCCGCUGACGGCGUCUCCGCCAUCCUCGACAUCGGAAACCGACUCGGCCAGGCCGGCGCCUGCGUCCAUGGCGUCGUCAAGCAGUUCUUUAGGCAGCUGCCUGUGCCUUUACGACACGAGGAGGGGGAUGAGAGGCGCACGGCCGUGACAGGUUUGGAUUUGUAUGGUACGAGGAAGAGGGACGAGAACGUGGAGACGUGCCGCAGCAGUGGUGGCACUGGCGCCGCCGAGGAGUUUGGCUUGGUCGCUGAACAGUUCGGUGGUCGUGGGUUCUUGGAGCCAGUGGCAGCAGUGGGAGGCUUGGAUGGGUUGGAAGAUGAUGAUGAUGGAGUCGAACUUGAGUUGAGAACUUCUGGACCUUUCAAGAAACCGCAGGGCACCAUUAAUAUUACAUCAACAUAUGAUAGUAUGUCCAAUGACAUUGAAAGUUCAUUGGUCGCAAGGGGAGACAUAUGGAGAGCAGAGGCAUCACAUGGUGGGUCCACUUCAAGAAAUGAGAGUUCAACUCUAUUUCUCAUCCAGCUUGGUCCUGUACUAUUUGUCCGUAAUACUACACUUCUGUUGCCUGUUCAUCUAUCAAGGCAACACUUGCUUUGGUACGGUUAUGACUAUAAGAAUGGAAUCCAUUCCUUGUGUCCAGCUCUAUGGUCAAAGCAUAGGCGAUGGUUGUUGAUGUCAAUGAUCCGUCUUAACCCAUUGGUUUGCACAUUCAUGGAUUUGCAGUUCCCAAAUGGGCAACUAACAUAUGUGGCUGGUGAGGGGCUGACCACUAGUGCUUUCCUUCCUGUCUUUGGUGGGUUGCUUCAGGCUCAAAGUCAAUAUCCUGGAGAAACAAAAUUCAGCUUCUCUUGCAAGAAUAAAAGUGGCACUCGUAUUAUUCCAAUGGUUCAGUGGCCUGAUAAAUCAUUUUCACUUGGGGUUGUACAAGAUUUAGCUUGGAAGAGAUCUGGUCUCAUGUUACAACCAACCAUCCAAUUCAGCUUAUGCCCCACAUUUGGAGGAAGCAAUCCUGGUUUGCAAGCAGAGCUCAUACGUUCUAUGGACGAGAGACUUAGUCUAAGCUGUGGUUGUUCUGUUAUGUCUCAUCCAGUUGCCUUUGCAUCUAUAGCUUUCGGGAGAUCCAAGUGGAAUGGAAAUGCUGGGAAGUCCGGAAUAGUUAUUAGAGUGGAAACCCCCCUCAUCUCUAUUGGCAGGCCUUCCUUCUCUGUUCAGUUUAACAGUGGUGUGGACUUCUAAUAUUUCUCCAGUUCAUUGCACAGAUCAUGUACAUAUAUAAAGCCACAAACCUACAUGCAUUGGGAAGACGCUCCAUCAUUAUACACAGAUUCAACGAAGAAAUACUUCUGAUACAAUGGCAACUUCCCUGCAGCAGCAUGCAUCAAAUUGCUUCACAAGAGGAUUGCGAACUGUCUGCAGAGGAUACACUGCCGUAAGGCUUAAACCCAAUUUCUUUCAGCCAGUCAUUGUAAGAAAGAGCGUGCAGUGCACAAGCUUCCUGUCAUUCCGGGGUAAGGGAGGAUCAACAGUCCUUUCUCUACAUAAAGAGGAGUCGGUCAUUAUCUUUAUAAUGUAUUAAUAGCUGUUGGCCAUGUUACUAAAUAGUGAUAGCUAAUGAUGUAAUCCCAUGGCAGCCUCUUAGUGCUUGUAAAAAUUUUCAGUUAUGGGAAAUAUCUGCUGAUAGAAGAAAAAGAAAAGGGUGAAAGAGAGCAAGAAAAGUAGAAGAUAAUACAAGAAGAUGGAUGAGACUGAUUGCACUGGCAAAACAAAAGCAGAGAUAGAGGAGAAGAGAGACAUGACGAAGAGAUAAAAAUGGUAGAAAAAGAGGUUGAAGGGGGCAAUUUGUUUGGAUAAAUCUUGUUUGGAUGUUAAUUUUAGUAAAGCAAUGAUUCAUUUUUCUUCCACAAACAUAAUUAAAUGGAUAUGAGAAUAUGAGUGACAUAAUACUGAUGUUUUAUUUCAUGUAAUACGACAGAUUGAUGGAUUGAACUUUAUUA